AUGUCGUUCUUCGGCUUCGACACCACCCUUCCUAGGGACCGAGCUCCCCAGGGCGGCCAGAGGGGUAUUUUCGACACUCCCGAUCCCUUCGCUGAGGUUGCUCGCGCCCAAGCAGCGGCGCUCCAUGACGACGAUGCCGACGUACUCAAUUUCGAAGAUACCUACGAUGGCUUAGGGGAUCAGCUGGACGAUGAUCAGGAUGCCUUCAACCAGGACACCUUCGGCGACGUGCAGGCAGCUCCUGUCGGCAAGGACUUUGACUUCUUCGGAAAGACAGCGCAAGUGUCCGAGGUCAUCGGAGAAGAGCAAGUUCGCUACAACCUCCAGAAUCCUCAAGCGCCCGUCACUCGCGUUACAGAGACCCAAACUACCACCACCACCACGUUACAACAGCCCAAGCGAACAGGAUAUGAAAAGUACUCGGAUCCCGGUUACAUUCCGGAUCUCCAGGCCAAGUCCAGUGUCUGGGGCUUGCCGAGUAAACCGGAACCGGCGCCUCAGGUCUCACAGGCGAAGAAGAUGAUGAGUUUGGAGGAGGUCGAAGCGCAAAUCCGGGGCCAAGGUGUCCCCCCGCCGGGACUCGGCGGACCCCAGCUAUCUCUGCCGCAACAGAUCUCUGAACCUCUCCCUCCCCAGAGACCACCUGGCCUCCCAGAGGGUUUCCCGCAGAUGCCGCCCGAAUACCUGCAAGCCCAGUUCGGACGUGGUGUGCCGCCGCAUCUAUUGCAUCCCCAGACGAUGGCUCCAGAGCCGUUCCCCCAUCCAGCCCAUGCUCCCAACAUUCCUCUGCAUCUUCUCCAGAAUCCUAUCCCGAACCCUAACGGUCCGCCUCCACAUAUCCAGCCCCUCCAACACCAAGCAAUGCCACCGCGCGACCAGCCGCCGCAGCGUCUUCCCCAGCAGUACCCUCAGCAGCACGCCCGCGGACCUAGUGCGCAGUUGCCGCUAAUCACCAACCCACAGCAAUUGAUGAAUCUUACGGAAGAGCAGCGCGUAGCGUACUUGAUGGAGGACGCUAAGCGUGCUAAGCGGAACCAUAAGAUUUUCCUUCUAUCGAAGGGUAACGGAUUGAUGACUCCCCAAGACAAGAACUUCAUCACACGUAUCCAGCUACAGCAGCUGGUGGCUCAAGCUGGGAAUAUGGCGGAUACCGAUUCCGACGCUGUCUUGGCAGAGGAUUUCUACUAUCAAGUCUACAGCCAAAUUCGGGGCGCACCCCGGCAACACCCCCAUCAGCCCCUUGGUCACUUCGCGCAGACUUACCUACUCCAGACCGGUAAUCGCGUCGGUGGCCAUUCUCGGAAGCACGGCCAGAGCGCGGAUAACCACAUGCAGCGCAUGCAGCAACAGGUGCAACGUGCGGUAGAGGCUGCCAAAGCGAAGCCCAAGAACAAGCAGCUCAUCAUCGAGGGUAGUCUAGGAAAGAUCUCAUUCGGAAAUGCCAAGGCCCCCAAGCCCUCACUCAACAUCAAACGCCCUGAGAGCUCUGAAGGCGGCAAGGCCACGAAGAAGUUACCGACAGAUCUAAGCCCGAGUGACCGCAAAUCUAUUCUAGCGAACAUUGAGAAUGUCUACAACACGUUGAUGGAGAUGGAGGACAUUGCGCGUACGAUGCCUCCGCCGCCUAACGAGGACGAUGCCGAAGCGAUUCAGGCACAUAUGGAGAGGCGCCAGAAAUUGAGCGGGUUGAAUCAGAAGCUGUGGCAGGAACUCAAGGUUAUGGAGGCCAUUGUACCCAACUCCAACACCCCCCAUCCGUUCAUUGCCUUCCUGUCUUAUCCCAAGGGCAAGAAAGCUAUUGAGCGCAUAUUCCGCCAUAUCGACCCGGAACAACGGAUUACCAUUCUAACCAUGAUUGUUGUUAACCUGGAUAACCUGGACGUUGUCCGCCGAGCGCUUCCUGCACCCGGUGAGACUCAGCCGCCUUUGGCCAUUAGGGAAGCCAUCGAUCUGUUCUCUCAGGCCGUAAUGCCAUGUCUCCUGGGCUACGUCAACGAGGCCCCGUUCAACAUCAUCAUUGGCCUUUUGGGCCUGGUGCUCACCCAUACUCACGUGCAGUUUGUUGCUCGGACGCGGAUUGGCUUAGGAAUCUUGACUAUGCUUCUGAGCAGAGCAGAAAUCGUCAAGGAAGCCGGACAGGCCAGCGAACAAGACUGGCAACAGUGGGUUGAGAAGUUCAACAUCCUGUUCGACACCCUCGAGCCUACAUUUGCCGAGAUCUUCCCCCACUCCAUCAAUGCUGGUGAUGACAUGUACGUUUGGCAGUUCUUGGCCGCCAUCGGAAUUGGAGCAAGCCCAGAACAGCAGCAGCGCUUGGUUAUCGCCGUCAAGGAUCGUGUUAUGGAAACCGUCACGCACAGCAAGACGCUUCCGGCCGAUAUGGCCAGCCAGCGACUUGGAAACGUCAACCUGUUCAUGCGAGCCAUCGGGUUGGACGUUGAGCUUCUCGGUUAA